AAGCACCAGGAUGGCUAUACGUGGUAAUGACUCAAAAUUAUUUAAAGUCAUAACAACAUCAUGCAACUCUAUCACAAUGAAUGGGUGAAAUCGAAACAUUUUUCAUCCAGGGGGGAGUAGAUUUUUUUUUUUUUCCUUCGGUAUUGUUGUACAGACGGCCGUAGGCUUCUUGAUACAACAACAGUGAGAUUUUCAACGAAAGGAAAGAAGAAAAACCAAAAAAAAUGCCCGGCCUGGCGGCAACUUCAGGCGGUGGCGCACCGACGCACAAUGCACAGGUGGACGAGACGCUGUUCGGCUCAACGACCGGGGGAGCGAGAAAAACGAAGAGCAAGGACAUCUCAAAUCUGAUGAUUGUCGGCAAGGACACCGUGAAAAAGAAGAAGGGAGGCCCCGUAGUCGCCGCAAAUCCGGUACUAUUCUUCACGAAGAUGAGUAGCAGUAGCUUCAUGAAUAUCGAUAUCCACUCCAAAUCGCCCCGUUGGGAAACGCAGACGAGUUCACGACUCGUCGUUUUUGCAUUUAUUUUCGGCUUGGACUGGUUUGUACUUCAUAACACACAACUCGAACUCCAUUUCAGGCCGACGCUGGCAUGGCGACCGUAGUGGCAGCAUCGGAACUGAACCGAAUUAAGGAGUCCACGAAAAUCGUCUCGAAGCAGGAGGAGGUGGCCAUGAAAAAAAUCAACGAGGCAGCGAAGGCCGAAAAAGAGGCCAAGAGCAGAGCGAGAAAGGAGAAAAUGGUAAAGAGCGAAGCGGUUUAUGAAUUCCAAAAGUAAAAAUCAUGUUGCACUUGCAGUGUGUGCUGUUUGUCAUGCUGAUUUACCUGAGAAAUGUAGUGAACAAUGUCUUACAUGAUUAUGAUUACAUCUUCAUGAACUCAAAGAUCCUGAUGGAGGAGGAGCGGAAAAUGAAGAUGGCGAUGCAAAUAUCGCAACAAAUAAAAACCUAUUUCACUGGAAAAAACCUGUGAUGCUGAAGAUGCAAAAUAGCAAACUUUAUUGUCGUGUUAGAAAUGCGAGAAGCACGUAGCCUUUAAUAUGUCUGUGCUUUGCUAUUGUUUCCUACUAGGGACGAAGCACGCAUGGAAAACUUUCUCUGUUAAGCGCAACAAACUUGUCAUGCAAAGUCUAGUACAAGUACAGCUCCAGUGAAGCAGGAUUUUCCCUCGAUAACGAAUGACGGACUUCGAGAAAGAGGAGCAGGCCAGCACAAACGGUCUGCUGCAGAAAGCGAAGGACAAGAUGGACGAAGCGCACGAUGACGUGAAGCACAUGAAUGCCAUGAUGAUGUACUCCAAGGUGGUCACCAUCAGGGACGCACAAGUCCAGGAAAAGAGGUGUGCUCUUGUUUCUGUACGUACACAUUGCACUAGUUUUACUUUUAUUUUCAUUUUGCAUUGCGUCGAAGAUGUGCCCACCGCUGCGCUCGGCAAAGAGAAAAAUUUAUGAAAUGACCCAAAUAAAGGUACAUCCACCAGGAACGGGAGGAAGAAGAGGCACAAUUGGAUACGAUGAUGGAAAUUGAGCGACUCAAGGCCUUGAAAAUGUACGAGGAGCGAAACAAAGCCCGAGCAAUGGACCAGAGGCGAGGGGCACAGGUAAUUAUUAGACGAGUUUCGUUUAUUGAAGAUGCAGCAUGGUUUUACACAUUUUUGCAUGCCCGUGCGAGUGCGAUAAAAUGUCGAGUUGUAAUCUGUGCCACUGGAAAAAAUGAAGCAACGCUUCUUGUUCUUCGUACGUGCGGAAAGGUCAAGAUGAAUUGAUGCCCCGCAUGAAUCAAUGACACAUAACAUUAUCAAAACAGGUUAUCAUCGAGCAGAUUAAGGACCGUCAGGCGCAGCGAUUACGGGAGGAGGAGUCACGGGACCAGGAGCGAGCAUUUAUCCUGAAGCAGAUUCAGGCCAUGAAGCAGGAGGAAGUGGAGCUGCAGAAGGCGAAAAAGGUGGCCGCCGCAUAUGAAGGCCUCAGAAUAGAAAUCCUCAAAGUGGAAAUAAUUUGUGAUGCAUGAAAUGCAAGGCAAAAGCGACUGGAUUGCAGAGGACACAAUGGAGGCCGACUGUUAUCCUGCUAGGGGUGAAGGAGUGGGCUGCUGAUUAGCACGACAGAAGGGCACCCCUUUGCCUAACUAGCAUGACAGACACGUUUUGAGUGCCCGGGAAAUUUGUCAUGCGCCGACUACAAAUGGCGCUUCAACUGGAGUCGUUUUUUUGCAUUACACUUUGAGGAUUUCCAACCUGAGGCUUUCAUACCGCAAAGCUGAUGGGCGAGGUCGCGGUGGCGAACGCAGCGACCAUGAAGAUCAAGGAGGAGAUAUUGAAAUGAAGAAAUGUGCCCUACGAGGACCCCCAGAGGUGAAAAAUGUUAAUGUUUCUCAUGCAUCAACAGUUUUCUAGCUAAAUGCGAAAUUUUCGUCUUGCAUGAUUGAAAGGACCGCUACGAUGAGUCUGCUUCCUAAAAAUCGAAAGCUCAGACUGUUGAAAGUCGUUGCUACAAACAUGGUAGAUCCUCCGGCUGCUAGGUCUUUUUGCAACACAAAAUUUGGCUCUUCUGCAUAAAAAAAUUGUGUUGCUGCAAGAUGCAGCAAGGCUCGGACUGUUUACAAGAACAUUGGGACUUCUUUCGCAAUAAAACUAGCUUCCUUUUAUUUCUGGGGUACUACCACCAGGGGCAGUUUUCAUUUCGAUAAGAGAAAAUCUUGGCCGAGCGACUCGAUGAUCAGCAGAUUCUCGAGUACCAGCGGGCCAGGGAGCGCCGAGAGCGCGAGAUCGAGGAAGAAAAGAAGCGCGUCGCGGCGGUAUCAAAUGCAAAUAUGUCUGGGUCUGGACGGACCCGAACUUGUGAUGCGUGUUCCGCAUCCUACAAAGAUCUGUCAUGCUGAGAGGGCAUUUCUCAUGCGGAAUACGCAUCACCAAGGAGCUGCAGAACCUGUGAUGCUAGGCCCUGCGUUCCAGACGUGGAAGACCUUGGAAAAACUUCAUAACAAAUCUCGGAAUCUCCCAGACCCAGACAUUUUUGCAUUUGAUAGGCGGAAAAGGAGGCCGAAACCGCGAAACUCCGAGCACAGCAGGAAAAAGCCGCCGACAAGGCAGCAGAAAUGGUAUAACUAAGGAUGUUGUCAAAAAGGUGGAAGAUGAUGGCAUGCAAGAAUUUGUACAAGUUUCAAGUUUAUUUUGUCAUGCGAGACCAGCGAGAUAAUUUUGUUGUUGAUUAUGUACUACUUGUAUGAUACGAACAAACUAUAUGAUCAUAGUCCAUAGUAGUUGUUCUUCCCGUAGUACAUUGCAGACGUCCACGCAUUUUCUAUUUUAAUUACGCGGCAGGAUGCGUUGCGCGCAAAGCGGGCCUUCGAAGCCGCGGAGCGUGCGGCCCGGGGCAAGGAACAGCAGGAGCGAGCGCGCAUCGAGGCCAUCAACGAGGAGCUUUCCGUGGCCCGCAAGCGUCAGACCGCCGAGAAGGAGCGACGACUGGCCGAGCAGGCGAAGCAGGAAAGAGACGAGUUCGACCGGAUUAUCGCUGUGCAAAUCCAACUAUCCUACGCAAAACUAUCGUACUCGUAUUGCAGUCAUGCAUUACAAAUCUUUUUCUUAAGGUAAAUCCGCAUUGCAAAUUUUAUUUCUCAUGCUGAGGAAAUUUGUAAUGCAUUCAUACGAGUGCGAUACUUUUGCAGUUCAUACCAACAAGAAGAAGCGGAAACCGAAAAGUCCAGUAACGAGAAAAAGGCCAGGUACAGAAUACAUCGAUGGGGAAUGAUCUAAAUCAAAAUCAGAAUCAUUAUGAUCCACCGAUGUCAGUUUGUAAACGAUCCUCCUGCUCAGAUGAAAAUGCUCAGAUGCUUUCUUGUUUUAUCCACUCUACUAGACGAGAAGCAGAUGCGCAAGCGGAGCGAGUCAACAACAUGUAGGGGGCAGCUGUAUAAUUUGGAUUAUCCGCAUGAAGAGAACAAUCGUUACACGCACACUGUAAGAACAUUCAUAAAGGUAUCUCCACUGCGACGAGUUGCGUAAGCAGAUUGCGGCCCGGGAGGAGAAGCAGUUGCAGGACCGCAGGAAUGCGCUGGAGGAGGGUAACAACGUGCGGGCAGAGCUGGCCGCGGAACGGCGCAAGCUGGAAAAGAUCAAGUCGCGCAAGAUCGACGAGCUGAAGAAGGUCGGUGUUCCGGAGAAGUACUUAUGAUGGUGCACAAGUUCCCCUCCCCCUCAUGAUUUGUAUGUUGGUAUGACCAGCAAUACAAACCAAUACAAGUAGCACAUCACACGCAUGCUGUGCAUGACAUGUUCGUGCGCCGAUUGUAGUUCUCUUUGCGCUUCCAGAGUUUGUCAUGUGAGCAGUGCUACAAGGCAGCAACUGGUACUGCGUUAGUUUGGAAUUUUGCGUGACAACUGCGGGGGAGGGGUAGCUGUGCGCUCUCAUAGUACUGGUCUGAGCUUGCGAAAAAGAAGAUCGCGGUGUAAAAAACGCCAGGUGGGUCGAAAAAUGAUGUUUCGAGUGUGAACACGAACAGUUCAGAAAAACAUAAAACAUUUUUAUGCACAUCGGGGCAAGCAUGAAGAACCAGAAAGACUAAAAACAACACCCUGCAAACGACGAGCGUCUUCCUUUGCAAACAAGAUGAUGCAGCUCAACUAGUAGAAACUUAGCCUAAAAAACGGUCGCGAUAGAUUGGCCGGUGGGCUUCUUCAAUUUAUUACCAGAAAUCAACAUCAAUAGUACCAGUUUGUUACGAACUCAGAAAAUGCCAAUGAGAAAAAUGAACUUGAACAGAAUUUAACCUUAACAGUACACAAUAAAUACAAAGCUAAUUAUCAUGAAGAUGCUCGUGCUCGUCGUGGUCAUCGCUGGUGAUUUACUAAAACUUUUGUCUUAACUUUUACAACUUCUAAACCUUCAGUUUUAUCACACUUACUCGUAAUAUUAAGCCUAGAAAUAGUUCAGAAAUUGUCAGAGAAAAAUCAAAAUAGUAGAGAGAGACAACUCAGAAGCAGAGGAAUAGUUCUUACGCGGACGCACGCGUAAGAUGAAGAUAACACAAUUGUCACACAGUAGAGCAAGCAACAGAAAUAGCGUGGUCAGCACCACAGCUGGACUUUUAUCCCGCCAUUUCACCUGUCCUCGUAAAUAUGCAUUUGCUAAAGAUUAUACGCCGUUAGACUUUACAGUAGCAGUUGUAGUACAGCGUGAGGUGGCACUGGAACAACUCCACCUCCUCGUUCUCGUUGCUAAUUGAAAAUUUCCCUCUCGAUUUCACGAGGAACGAAACUUGAACUAACCUUUACCAACUUGUUUAUUUAUCAGCUUAUUUGUUUUUGUAUCAGUUUUAGCGUACUAGCAACGAGACAAUUCUACUUGUGGAGCCCGUGGUCGUCCUCGUCCGUGCUGGAGGGUAUUAAGCAACAAAGGUAUUUUGGAGACGCGGCAAAGGUAUUUUGGAGACGCGCGCGCUGCGCGCGCGCGCAGUACUCGUCUUUCAUUCGCCAGCUAGGGCUAGCAAUGCCGCGCGCCCUGUGUCCUUCUUCGUGUUUUGGCAAAGCGCAUCGAGGCGCGAAGGCCUGUGGCAUCGCUUGGAAAGGAUGGCUGGAAGCCGGACAACCUGAGGCCGUCGGGCUUUUGUGUUUCCUUGUCCACGCCCCCCAAUGCUGUCGCUGCGCGGCUAGUUUCCUCCUUGCUCUGUGUGUGUAUUUGUGAUCGCCGGGGGCCAACGAGUGGUUGACGUUUUCUAGCUCGGCGCUGGCGAUUUUUGUGGCGCAGCCUGGGGGACGAGUCUGUCGUCGUGGUUGUUGGGUGUUUGAGAGGUUGACGUGUAAAACACGCGCACGCCCCUCCCAGAUCGGGGGCCUGCGCCGGGAAACAUUGGGGCCAGUUGCGUAGAGAGCCCGCCGCUGCGUGGCGGUCGAUGCGCCCACUUUUGCGGCCUGCGUUUUUGCGUUCUGUCAGCCACCAUACUAUCGGGCCAAGGGGGCAACGUUGGCGCUCUUUGAGGUGACUUACAUGAUGCCACUCACCCCAAAAUCCCAAAAAGUGGGAAAUUCUGAAUUCAUUCUGAAUUCAUUAAGAAACACAAUUAAUUCUAGGGCGGUUCUGCAUUAAGAGACAACUCUACUUGUGGUUGUGGAGCCCGUGGUCGUCCUCGUCCGUGCUGGAGGGAGGUAUUAAGCCGGGGUAAGUACAACUGCUACGAGGGCCUACUGUCUACUUCGUGAGCAGGUCGACUCCUCCGUACCACUGUCGCACAGAUGAAUAAAUAGUGCUGCACACCAGUUCUCGUGGCACACAGAAGAAUUUUGCAGCAGAACCGCAAUAGAAAUUAUCCUCUGGCGGGGUAUGGCCUACUUCUGAAGAUCGAGACUUUGCUGGUGCGACAUGAAAGGAGGAAUUUGAGUGCUGGUGGUCCACCGGUUUUUACUACAGGCAACAACUCCAAGUCGGCGAGGACGAUGUAAAUCUAAAUCCUAGUGAAAAUAAUCCACCUUGAACUACAUCUCGCGAUGUAUUUUUCAAGAAGAAGUAAUAUCACAAUACGCGGCGGACGACUAAAGUGUAAAAGUCCCUUGCCGGAGCCCCCGCC